GUGCUGGGCAAGGCAACACUGGUAAAUGGUAAAAUCAUGGGCCGGCACCAAUGAAGUUAAAUACACAGCAGCAAUGGGCCAUGUGGAAAUUGGAAAGAAACUUGUUGAAUCUUGCCGGUUGAUUAAUUGAGCCGGGGGAAGUUCUGAGCCAAGAUUGGCCCAGCAGAAAGCUCGUAUUAUUUGAGCCCAUGCGACGAGCUUCAAUUGGGCUUUGGUCCUCUUGAGAAUCUUUCUCAGUUUUCCCCUUCUGUCCUCAGCAGCGCCAGCAGCGAGAAAAGGAGAAAGAAAGGCAACAGAUCAAAAUCCCCCAUUUUUCAUCUUCUUCAUCGUUCAUACGUUCGUCGAUUGGAGGGCAAAUUUCAGUGGAAACGUUGCAGCAAUGGAAGCACCAGGAUCAUCGAAGCCCAUGAUCGCAACGCAGGCGGAGAUGGUGGAAGCGAGAGUACCCAUGGCGUACAGAGACCAGUGCGCCCACCUUCUCAUCCCGCUCAAUAAGUGCCGCCAGGCCGAGUUCUAUUUGCCUUGGAAGUGCGAGAACGAGCGCCAUUCCUACGAGAAGUGCGAGUACGAGCUCGUGAUGGAGAGGAUGCUCCAGAUGCAGAAGAUCCGCGAAAAGGAGGCCAAUUUGAAACUACCUAACAAAGGAGGUGUUGCUAUCGGUCUCAUCCCCAAGACUGCCAAUGCCUAGACCCAACCACUCCUGGUAUUCUUCUUUGAUCAAUUCGACUUCUUUCAUGCCUCAAUUUCCCUCAAUUCGGAUUAGGACAUCUCUCAUUUGCUAAUGCGCUUUCCAGGAAGUUGCUCGAAUUUUAAUCGAGGUGGUGCUUGUGUUCGUUGUUCUCUUGUAUUAGGUUCCCUUUUUUUCCUUUGUUUCUUCUGGUCCUUCUGCUGGGACUACUCGUGAUUUUCACCUAGGAGCCAUAUGUUUUGAUCAUUUUUCUGUUAAUUAGACUUGGAUUUAGUGAAUUGCAGACUUAGUUCUUGAUAGAUUUGGUAUUUUUCCUGAAUGGUAGAUUCAGUUCUUAAUCCUGUUGGGUAAUGGCCGGAUAGUAAAUUUCUUGAUCACAUUUUGCGUGAGAAAAGGCACUAAUACUCUGUUUUAGGAACCUUGUGAGUUGUGGGUCACUUUCCUCUAGGCCUUUCAGUUUGCAAUACAAGUUAUAAUAGACAAUGUGUUUGAAGCCCUUGCUGCUGGCUUGAGGAUUUGCAUGCUUCCUUUAGACAGAUUUUUCAUUAGGUUUGGACGAUCGAGAAAAAUUGUGCGAGAUUCAGAGGAUUUUAGCAAUUUAUCUUCCCAAGUUUGGUAUAUGGAGACAAUAAUUGUGGAUACAUGCUUUAGAAACUCAUUGUUCUUGGUUGAGGGAUUAACUUGAGAAAAUAUGUUAGAGUUGAUUAAAAGCAAGUCCUCUUGUUGAGUUCCGGAAAGACAACCUUUACUGAACUUACAUUUCUACAUAAACUGAGUUAAUAUUUGGAGGAGGAUGGAAGGCCUUUUCUAUUGAUACCUGAAGCCUCUUUCUUCAGGGGAGACUGAUCUACUUGUGUGGGAUAAGCGAAUAAAGGUAGGUAAUGAGAUAAGCGGAGGAGGAAUUUGCUUCCUUUUUCAUGGAAGAGGAUUUGUUCCGUCAUUUUAGCCUGCACCUUUUUGUUAAUAACUACUCACGUCAAAUGAGAACCAGGAAUCAAAGCAAUGCUUAAGAAAACUAACCCAUUCGUUAAUGUUGUCAUCCUCACCAGGAAAGCAGUAGUAGGGUAUGCUGUUACAAAUAAUGGUGUUUUACUUGGACUGUUCAUUGUAUUAAACAAUUUUACAUACACGUUCUUUGUGAGUACUAAGCAGCCUGAGUAAUGGUAUUUAUACGCAAUUGUUCCCCUGGGUUGUACAAAUCGUUAAAAUUUUGAAUCUUGAUUCUACUUGGAUGCAAGGGCACUCUGGAUGUAUUUCUCAGCCAGUGUACUCUAGUGUGUAAACUACAGUGGAUCAAAUUCAUCCUUGGUUAUUGUCUCGUAUGGCUGUGUUAUUGGCCAAAUUUUCCUUUUAGUAAAGAUGGAGAAUGAAGUAUGUCUCCCUCUCCCUUGCUUCGUCAUGAUAUAUUUAUGUUUACUGUCUUCUACAUCCAUUCGUUGACCGAGCUUGUCUAUGGUCUAUGAUGGACCAAUAGUGUCUUAAUAUAUCCCCUUCUUUCUGGAUAUUGAUCCACUUUCAGUUAGCUGGGUGCUAACUUCAGCAAAUGGAAACUUGGGAUCCGGUUAAGGAUGUUUUGAAACUCCUUGAUUUCUUGAUUGUCAUCAUAUUUUGUCUUUGUUACUCAGCUGGUAGCUGUAUACCCUUGAAUGUUUGUUACAAAAAAUUUCACUGUUUCAAUUCAAAUAGAGUACAAAUGUCCAAAUUACUCAUUCAAAACCUUUUCUCCUUUGUCAUGGAAUUGAACUGCCUGAAGUUUGUGAAAGCACUAAGUUAGGUUUUUUUUUUUUAUAAUGGAAAGCACUAAGUUAGGUUGAAUUUGCAUGAAGAAAUGCAAUGCUUGUUC